AUGGUCAAGGACUUUGUGCACCAGUCGAGCUACGACCAUUCAUGGUCAUCGUGCGUGCGGGCGUACUUUCUGCGCUACCCAAACCCCAACGCAUCCCACGUGCUCUCGGUGGAUGUCAUCGACCGCAGAAUCGAGUAUCGCCCCGUGCGCAGCGGAUCGAGCUCUCCAGCUACCACGUCGUCUGUCACGCUCGACGACCUGGUCAGGCAAUCGCCCCUUCGAGACACGAUUCCUGUGCUGUGCACCACUCGUCUGAUCCUCAAGCGCGGCAACCUGCCCAAAUGGGCUCCGUCCGGCCUGAUGAAGAAUGCAGAGAGCUGGGUCAUGGAAGAGAGCGAGGUCGAGCUCGAUCUAUUGCCUCCUCGAAGCAAGACGGUACCAGACGUCGAACCGGUAGCCGUGGAGCACGCAUCAACAUCAAUGCCGCUGCCUUCCAGCCUGAAGGGGCGAACGAAGAACGGCAGAGCAAUGCGCAGUUGGACACGCAACCUGGAUCACGUCACCGUCCUCGCCGUCACGGAAGGUCUCGUCUUUAAAGAGCGCUUCGGAUUCAUGCUGCCGAAUGCUUCCAGUGGCUCGGAUCGCGCAACAACCGGCACUCAACCAGCAAUGUGGCGCUCCUACUGCAAGACGCUAACGACAGCGCAGAUCGAAUCCCAAGUGAGCUUUGGCAUGCUCCGUCGGCGCAUCGAAAAGUUCGGACUGGCCCGCUUCGUCGCACACAAGGACACGUCGCAGCAAGGCAUCAUGUGGACCCGAUCCCAGCUUGGAGAGGAAGACUUCCCUUCGACGACUACUUCAGGUCGCGAACAGGGUGUGGGUGUCUUGCAACGGUCCUCCAUGCCACAGAAGCGUUUCAAGCUGCUCGAGUCGCUUCGACCCCCCUUCUUGGACGGCUACCCUCUGGGACCUUGGCAGAAGAUCAAGAUGUGGUGGUACUCGGGCCACUAUUCGCAGAUCAAAGAGUUACGCGAUGGCUAUUUGAUCGAGCGGGACGAAGACGAAGACGACGCGGCGGCAGGCGAGGGUCCUUCUCGGCGUCGAUUGGCCAACGAAGGCAGUGCUGCAGAAAGCGGAUCGGACGGAACAGGCGGUGCGCAAGAGGCGGCAUGUCAACCUCUGCGGUUCCGCGGUGCUGAGCAAGAAGGUCCCUGGGCAGAGUUUAGCGGACGGAAGGGCAAGGGUGCUGUAUACAGCGAUCAGGAUCGCAACGUCGAGGAAGGUGUACUGAACAGGGUCCGCGCUCGGCUCGGGUUGCCCCUCCUUCAACCUCCAGCCGUCGGCGAAAGGAGGCAGGGGUUGUUUGCGAGGACAAUUGAACGGGCCAGCAGCAAAGCCAAGUCGCUGCUGGGGUUCGACGACGAAGAGAUGCGGGCGAAACAACAGACGCAGGGAAGGCUCGAGCGCAUCGACCGCGAUCGAACUGUCUGA